CGCUAAACCAAAUCAAGUAAUCAACAAUGCAUCCGAGUCGACUCACUCAAGAUGAUCGAGAAGAAACCAUAUAGGCAUAUAGCACAGUAGCGAUAUGAAGUGGAGUUGACUAAUCUAUCUGCGGCUCAAUACUCGUUUCCAAGAAAUCGUAAAACCGGGCGCCAACAUUCACAAGUCAAAAGAUAUGAAGAAAUUGUUCCUCAAUCGGAUAUUGUUUAGUUUUACCAUCUCUAUUGUCUGUUUUUUCUCCACCAUGUUCGCCGAUUCCGCUGAAGACUCGCUACUCGGAUCAGCUCGCGUGGUUUUUCAGACAAAUUAUGGGGACAUUGAAUUUGGUUUCUACCCUAGUGUGGCUCCUCAAACAGUGGAACACAUUUACAAACUUGUUCGUUUGGGAUGCUAUAAUACAAAUCACUUCUUUCGGGUGGAUAAGGGAUUUGUUGCACAAGUGGCUGAUGUUAGUAAUGGUAGAACAGCUCCUAUGAAUGAAGAACAAAGAACCGAAGCUGACAAAACCAUUAAAGGUGAAUUCAGUGAUGUUAAACAUGUAAGAGGAAUUCUUUCUAUGGGGAGGUAUUCAGAUCCGAAUAGUGCUCAAUCAUCGUUUUCAAUGCUUCUUGGAGAUGCUCCACACCUUGAUCAUGAGUAUGCGAUAUUUGGUAAAGUUACUAAAGGUGAUGAGACACUAAAGAAGCUUGAGGAAUUACCAACUCGACGUGAAGGAAUAUUUGUAAUGCCAACUGAGCGCAUCACAAUUCUGUCAACAUAUUACUAUGAUACAGAGAUGGAGAAUUGUCAACAGGAUAAAACCGUGUUAAAGAGGAGACUUGCUGCUUCUGCUGUUGAGAUUGAAAGACAGAGGAUGAAGUGUUUCCCAUGACCAAAAAGAACAUAGAAAUGAAAAAAAAAAGAUUUGUCGAAUUACAUGGAAACAUGUAAUGGUCAAUGUGGGCCUAGUUUCAUUGACCUCCGAAGACAACCCAACCAUGCUUAUGAUAGACAUGCCCAUGUGCAUAUCACAUGCUUAAGGUAAAUAGGAUACACUAGAAACUUUAUGAUGAUGGCUACAUGAUUUCACAGACACAUGUGGAUUGAGUUUGUUUGUUAUGCUAAUGGACAAGAGUGAGGGUGACUGUUGUUGACGCU